CCAAUAAGAGAAACCAAAUCAGAGCUCUAAAGCCCUAAACACAAAACAUCCUAAAACACACAUGCUAAUUGCAGCUUGUCUCAAUUAUACACAAACUCUUUCUGUACUUCUAUCAAUAACGAACACACACAAUCCCAAUCACUCUAUUAGAUACACACAUAGCUCCAAAAGGGUUUUAGAAUAAAAGAUUGAAAUAUGAGUUCGUCUACUGUUGAUGAAUUACCAGCGAUUCAGGAACCUUUUCUGGAAUUUCGCGCUGGCAAAAUGCGUCUGGAAGGAAAACGAGUGGUCCCUGAUCUGCGUAAAGGGCUUGUUCGUAUAGGAAGGGGGGAAGAAGGUUUAAUUCAUUUCCAAUGGCUUGAUCGGAGCAAUAAUGCUAUUGAAGAUGAUCAGAUUAUAUUUCCUGAUGAGGGCAUUUUUGAAAAGGUUAACCAGUCAGCUGAAAGAGUUUACAUCUUGAAGUUUCAGACAGACGAUAGAAAGUUUUUCUUCUGGAUGCAGGAGCCUGAUUCUGAUAAUGACAUGCAAUUAUGUAGCGCGGUCAACCUCUACAUCAACCAGCCUAUGGAGUUCCCUGGUGACGAAGAACUCAAUGCUUCUGCUCCUCCCCAAAAUUCUGAAGACAUGACCGAAGAAGAUGUUUCAUCAAGGGCAGGAAAUUUGGUUGGCCCAAGCAUGGGGGCAGAAUUAACAAGUGAUGUGACCUCUUCAGGGCCUGUGAAACUGGUAGAUCUGCAAAGAAUAUUAAGUAACAUUGGCUCAACAGAUGUAGCCGGAGAUCUGGAUGCAGGCUUGGGAUUAGGGGAUAUAUUAAAGCCUGAGUUAAUAUUGCCGUUGAUUGACACAUUAUCACUGGAGCAAGGGCUGGCGACAUACUUACCCGAGGGUCAAUGGUCUCCUGAAGAUUUGAUGGAAAUUUUACAAAGCCCUCCUUUCCGCCAACAAGUAGAUUCAUUUACUUAUGUGCUUCGAACAGGACAGAUUGAUCUUACUCAGUUUGGAAUUGAUCCAAGUAAAUAUAAAUUCACUGUUUUAUCUUUCCUGGAGGCGCUUGAAGAUUCGGUUUUGAAUACAUCGGAGUCAACUUCAAAGAAAGAUAGCAAGAAUGAUCCUAUGGAUGAAGACCAAUAAUAGUAGCCAACCUUCCAUUCAGAUAGUCGUGAAUUAUGAUUUAUUUCUUACGGUGCUCUUGUUACAUUAUAUUAUUGUGUAAGAAAGGCAUUGUGUUUCCCUUUGUGAUGAUGCAUGCACGAUAGACCGGGAACGUAUGUUAAAGACGUAUAAAUCAGAACUGUCCCGUCUUUUGGGGUUUUUUUUCCUA